CCGGAGGGAGUGUGGUCUGCCUGGGGGGAGUGGUCAGGAUGUUCUCAGAGCUGCGGAGUGGGCGUGUCACAGAGAACCAGGAAGUGUGAAGCCCCUCCCCGUCCCCAAACUUCUCCCCUCUCCCACUCUCCUCCAAACUGGGGGGGUUCAUCGUUCCUCCCAGGGGGGGCCGGGAGUCCCAACCAUGGCUCUGUCAUCUCCGCCAUCCGCCCCUUCUACCCCCCUCAUUAUUCUAGCAACCAGCCAUCCCAGUAUGGGGGAGGAGGAGGGGGAGGGGGAGGGACAGAGAGACAGCCAGCCCCCUUCUAUCCCCCCUCACUCCCAUCAUCCAAUCAGAACCCAGGACUGUCUCUCUAUCGGGACACUCCUAUAGGAGGAGGGGCAGGAGCUGUGCCAGCGCAGUCCUCCAAUCCCACGUCUCCCCUCUAUCGCACGGAAUUCUCAUCACCUAAUCAGGAGCCAGAUUCUGUUUACCGUUCCCCCUCAUUUCCUGCCCCCCCAUCCAGCUACAGCCAACCAGCAAGGGCCGCCCGCCGGCCAGCCAAUCCUGGAACAGGGAGGGCGGGAGGAAGUGGGAGCAGAAGGUCAGUGUUGCCCAAUAGGGGGGCUCUGCCUGCUAGUAGGUGAGUAUGAUUGGAUGAUCUUGUUGGCAAGGAAACUUUUUACUGUAGAUGUUGUGUAAAUGUUGUUUUAGACGUUAUGUAAAUGUUAAGUAAGACGUUGUUGUUAAGGCGUUGGUAGUGUGAGUUGAGUCAUUCUGUUGAUGUGAGUCAUGGGAGUGUGAGUUUGACUUUUAUUCCCAUCUCUCAUGCUAUGCAAUUAGAUCACUAGUUCUGCUCAAUAUCAUGACCUCUAUACAGAUAGACUCUAAGGCUCUCACCCUCACACGCUCUGCUUCUAACUCUCACUGUAGGCUGUAAGCUGUUGGCUCCACUUGUGGAGAAUGUCAAUCAUUUUAAGAGCAGAUAAGAGUUCUGUCAUUAUGAGUAAUAUUUCCCGUCUAACCCCUCAUUCGGGGUCGGGAGGGGGGGCGGUUAGUUAUGAUGUUUCUUGAUUAGGUUUUUGCUUUUUCGUUAUUUGUCGUUCUGUUUUCUUUUUAUUGUAGUUAUUUGAGUUUUCUUUCUUUAUUUCUAUCUAUAUUUCAUAUGAUAUCUCUCUCUGACUAUUCUCUCGCUCUAUCCCUCUCUCUAGCUCUCUCUCUCUCUCUCUCUUCCUCUCUCUCUCUCUCUAGGUCCUCUUCUAUCCGUCCGGGUCAGUUUGGUUAUGGCAGGGUUCCUUUCUCUCUGCCAUUACACCGGCAGAACCGGCAGGCCCGCCACACCGAGCACGGCAAUGCUACCAUAGCAACCCUGGUACUAGAGACUGAGGGGCAGGAGGGAGCUGUUGUUAACAUUGACCAAAUGGACAGACCCAAAGAAGGAGAGGAGAAGAGGAGGGGAGAGAAGGAGAGGGAGGGAGCCAAAAACCACAAAGGGAACAGGGGAGAGAGGGAGCAUGAGAGGAGAGAGGAGGAGAGGAAGACAGAGGAGGAGAGUACGGAGUCACCUAUCGCUAAGGUAUUGCUAACAACAGCCACAGCUAAACCAGAAAGGAAUGGACAGAGGGACACGGACAGUCACAGACAGACGGACAGACAGAGACAAGCUGCCGCGGAGCGAGGGAGGGAGAGAGGGAGAGAAAGAGAGAGAGUGCCCUCGACCCUCCCUCACUCACACAGGCCCUCUCCCUCCCAGCCCAACCACGACAGACUAAUCAGUAGACGCGCCCCUCCUCCCCUCCCCUCUCUGCCUCACCCCUACUCCCCCUCUCUCUCUCACCCCUACUCCCCCCCUCUUCACCGCUCCUCCCCGCAGCACAGAGAGAGAGAGUUCCCCCUAUGGCUUCAACCCUCAACCUCAACCCCAACCCAACCCCCUCACCCUGGACCCCCCUCAACCCAACAUCUACCCCCUGCAACAUCAGCAGCACCCCCACCCCCUGGCCGAGGUGGACACAGGGGGACAGAGAUUACCCCCCCAGAACUACAGGUGCUCGGGAGCAGAGAACGAGUAUCGUCGGUGCUUCUC